UCUUCCGAGGAUGUUGUAGUCGUAAUGGUUUGUACAGUCCUUUGAGACAUUUGUGAUUUAGGGCUAUAUAAAUAAACAUUGAUUGAUUGAUUGAUUGAUUGAAAAGCACUAAAAUGGCUUUUCACGUGGGAGAACUUGCACAAUCGGUGGCUGACUAAAUACUUUUUUGCCCCACUGUAUGUGCUCCAAUCACUCUAUCGCAAAAAAAAUAAGAGUUGUAGAAAUGAUUGGAAACUCAAGACAGCCACGACAUUAUGUUCUUUACAAGUUUAUGUACAUUUUUCAACGCGACUGUAUAUGAUGCGACGUAUAGGUUAUAUGUGGAAAAUACUCCGCGUCACACGUGGAAUACAUAUUACUUACAUAUGUCGGACGAAAAAGUACAUGAAGGUCUGCCCUGUGGGACCUCUAACCUGCAGCGAGGGAAUAUGUUCUAAUGUAACUGGAGAUGUUCUUAAGUACAUGCCAGCAACUUUUUCCAUGUGCUGACAGAAAAAGAAAAAAAAAUAAACAAUCUGAUUUGACAUGGAUGAAGAUAGACUCAAUUGUCGUUGACAUGCUUUAUGUUGUGUAAAAAGACAGUAAGGAAAUCACUUCUAUGCCACAAAAGAAGCUCUCUGUCAAUGCUACUGUGCGUGCGUCUCCCUCGCUGCGCAGGGCCAGGAUUUGGUUUCAAAUGAAGGCCACGCCUGCUCCGGACGAGGCCUUUUCACGCAAGUUUGGCUAUUUAAAUGUCGGAGGGACGCUGGACAGGAGAGGACGCACUUUUUUUUUUCUUUGGGACUAUCCGAACAACACGCAAGGAGAGUUUCUGGAUUUGGCGCGCAGCCUUUUUAAUGCUGCGCGUAUUGCCGGUGCGUAAAGUUCCGUGCGUAAGUGUUCCAUUCCGCAGAACUGUCACUGAGGUGCUUUUUUUUUUUUUUUUUUUAAACACGCUUUCAUGGCGGCACGGAGGCUCUGCUUGGAUGUACCGUUUGGACUGACAUCAUGAAGACAACUGGACUGGAGAUCUUCAAUUAAACCCAAACGGGGAGGGUGGAACUCAUUCAUUUUCAUUCCUGAUAAGAAUCAGCGGAGUAUUCAUGAAUCAAUAUUUGAAUUAUUACAAAAUGAGGCUGAGAACAUCGAGGUUAGGUUAUCUGUUACUCCAGUUCACAGCACUUUGCUUUUACGCACAGAGCCGGCUGUCGGACCGGAUGAGCCGCCGGUUAACGCGAACCUACCAACUGUACAGCCGGACCAGCGGCAAACACGUGCAGGUGCUGUCCAACAAGAGGGUCAACGCCAACGCCGACGACGGGGCGGCCCACGCUAAACUAGAGGUGGAGACUGACUCUUUUGGGAGUCGUGUUCGCAUCAGAGGGGUGAAGACCGGAUACUACAUCUGUAUGAACAAGAGAGGGAAGCUGAUUGGAAAGAGGAAGGGAAGAGGCAAAGACUGCAUCUUUACCGAGAUUGUUCUGGAAAACAACUACACGGCGCUCCAGAACGCCAAAUACGAGGGCUGGUACAUGGCAUUCACGCGCAAGGGCCGUCCGAGGAAGGCCUCCAAAACCAAGCAGCACCAGCGAGAAGCCCACUUCAUGAAGCGGCUACCUCGGGGCCACCUGCUGAGCGAGCGACGUCCGUUUGACGCUCUCCCUCUCUCCGUCCUCCCUCUCAGCAAGAGGACUAAACAUUCCCAUCAGCAGCGCUCCGGGGGCCGCUGAGGGCGGACAAGGUGGACGAAGCGUUACAUGGAGUGCGGACUGUUUGUUCUGGGUUCUGAGUCUAAUCUGGUAGUUAUUUCCAACUCGGUGAGAAGAUGGUUAGAGGUGGCCGAUUUUCUCAUGAAAUUAGUGGGAAAUUGAAUCCAUAGCAAGACUUCUAAAGACUGUUUCAAGUACGAAGCUCGACAUGGCAGCUAUCUGAGUUUCAGUGGAUAUUCUAAUUCCCCUGACGAGGCAUUUUUGGAUAUUUUAUAACCACUUUUUUUUUUUUUUUACAUAUAUGAAUAUAUUUUACUGUAAAAUAUGUAAAUUGCAUCAAAUCGAUAUUUAUUUUAGAGUGUAUAU